CCGUGAUUGUAUUAUCAUUCGAUUGUCAGUGUUGCGUACCGCGCGUGCCGAGAAGCGUUUAUUUAAAAAAAAUGUGCACACGAAAAACAUGGUCGCUCGUGUUUCUUGCCGCACUUCUCGAUUUCAUCGACGCGGCAUCCAUACGAUGCUAUCAAGGGUCUAUGAGCAAUUACACUUCAUUCUCUUUGGAUGACCCCACACCACUAUUGAGCUCGACAUGUUUAGACCAUAGCCUACCUACAGUCCUCUAUACAUUUGGCUAUAGAGGGAAAACUGAUGGUCCAGCGACCACUGCUAUGAUAAAUGGUUACAUAGCCACUAAGAAAAGAAAUGUUUUGUUACUUGAUUGGGAAGAAGAAGCGAAAAGCGGAAUUCUGGGAAUAUCUUUGAGCUAUGCGAUGUUCGCUUUGCCUAAUUGUAAACGGGUAGGUCAAGAGUUAGGAGCAGCGUUGCAGAAACUGGAUCAGGCAGGCUUCCAGACAGAUAAGCUGCAUCUUAUAGGACACUCUUUAGGGGCACAUCUCAUGGGCUACACGGGAAGGUGGAGUCGAGAACAGGGCAUUACGAUACCCAGAAUUACAGGAUUGGAUCCAGCGAGGGCCUUAUUCGAAGGCUUGUUUUCGAUACAAAGCGGUUUGGAUCGUUCUUGCGCCAAAUUCGUGGACAUUGUCCAUACAAAUCCUGGCAACUAUGGCAGUACCAAGUCAACAGGAAGUGUGGAUAUAUGGCCGAAUUAUUCAUCGGAUGGUAUGCAGCCGGGCUGUCCGGUUGGGAAACAAGAAAUGUUUAGUUGGGAUGAUCUAUGCAGCCACAACCGCGCUGUAUUAUACGUAGUGGAGUCCCUAGCAAAUGGUACAGCUUUCCCUGCAGCCGCUGCAGGAUCUUACGGCGAAUGGAUCGCUUUGGACGAUCCAGCCAAUGACACCAUUUAUUUGGGUGAUUUGGUCAAUAUACGUGCUCGAGGAAAUUACUUCUUAUCCACAAAUGCUCAGGCCCCAUUUGGCAUGGGCAUGGAAGGAUUGGAAGCAAACAACCAGACAAGGAAACGAAGACAAUCUACAUUUCAACUGAACAACCUUUUGACCAUAAUCAGAAGUCCCUUCUCUGAAGCCACGUGAAGACAUAGUAGUAUUAUUCAUAAUAGAACAUAAUUUAUUUAGAAUUUACUAAUUCACAACAUCUGUAUGUAUUAUUAACUAGCUGUUCCCCGCGGUUUCACCCGCAUUGCU